AUGAUGCUCCUAUCUUGUUGGAGGCCGUUGCAGAACGUAUGGUACAGACCGAUAAGGCUGUUCGCCCAGAUGGCUGCUCCUUUGAAGUUUACAGUACGACCGAAACAAAGGUCCUCCCCCAUGAAAUUCCAAUCGGCGUUCGUAUCCGAUGAUGAAGUAUCGAAGACUUUGCGUAAAGUACUUGCCACUCAAAACGACAAGGCUGACCAAUUUAUAGCAUCCCUAGUCGACCAUUAUGAGAGUGGGUCGCAGUGGACGAAAACCCAGAGGGCUUGGGCGCACUUCUUUGCGACCAAACUACGUUACCGCACCUACGGUGAUGGUGACCAGUGCCAAGCGCCCCUCGUUUUCACAUUACUGAAGAAACCGAACGCAUCAAUGCCGGACCUCGAGAACGACUCGAUCUUCAAGUCCCCCUUCAAGUCGGAUGAUGAGGCUCGUGGAGUGAUUAGAGACCUCUCGGAGGAAGAGGCGACGGAGGCGGGGUCCAUGGUCGUAUCAUUGCGGCACUUGGUUGUCAAUGACCGACCCUGGCCGCCGUACUUGAGGGGGUGGGGGCAUUACAUGGCGCAUCAGUUGAAGAGUGGACGAAGAUCUUUUCCGACGGUGCUGGCGGACCACUGGCUCCUGGAUAGAAGUGAUGAGGACGAGGAUCUCCCUGAAGGCACUGGAUUGAGGAAACCUCCUCGAGGUGUGAAGAUGCCGCGGAGGGGUGGGUUCAGACAGGGUGCAUUGGACGGCGCUGACCUCGAGAGUAGAUACGAGGUCGCUCAGCUUGACGUUGGGGAUAUUGUGAUUGAGGCGGCAGACGACAGUCAUGAAAAGCUCAUCGUUGAGAGGAAGACUAUUCGAGACCUCUUGUCCUCGCACAGAGACGCCCGUCUCCGGAAUCAGCUGUCGGCGUUAUUGGAGACCGUUGACUACCAGAGGCAUCGAGUGAUCGUGUUGUUGGAAGGCUCUGUGGAUAGCAGCUACAAUACAGAAGUUGUAUACGGGUACAUGGUGAGGCUUCCAAUAAGGGACCGAUUGGUACUCUUGCGAACUGAAUCGCUGCAUGAGACAAUUACUUUGCUCGAUAAAAUGGUACGGAGUUUCAAGAAGCUGUGUGCCGGGCCGUCAGAGUUCGCCCCAGCGAAGAUAUCCUCCCAUGUGAUGAAAGCUCAGAAAACGGCAGACCGUAGCAUGAUCAAUAUGCUCAUGGCAGUGAAGGGAGUAUCGAUGCGCACUGCAUAUCACACGGCGAAGAGGUUCCCGAAUAUGAGGCGGCUGGUGAAGGCCCUCGAGAAGCCUGGCGGGCUAGACUAUCUGGCGAGAUCGACGCAGUCUCGUAUGAGUCAACUGAUUGCUCAUAGAGUGGCGGCCUCGGUGAUGGGGGAGGAUUGGUGCCCAAUACCUGCGGCCGGAGAAGAGUUCUCCGAGCAGCUCAGAACGGCUGGCAUUCGCGGAGUCCAGCACGAUAUGGUAUUCAAACGCGUCCGGUCCAUGGAGGAGCUCAGGACAAUGCUGGGAGGAUCCUCUGAUAAGUUGAAGUUCUUGACCGUUGAUUGGGGCCUCGAGGAGAAGACAGCGAUCAGCGUCAUCAGACUGGCAUGCGGUGACGAUUCUCCCGAAUAUCGAGCAUAUCUUUUAGCUGAAGAGUUGGCCGAUAAUGUCAAUGGCAUCACACGUGAGACGGCCCUUGUAGUGGUUGGUGAGUGUUGUACACUGAAGGAGCUGAGGGAAAUAAUACCAACAGCAGCUUCGGAAUUGGAUGCUUGGUGGCAGCAGCUCGGUCUGAGACGCCGAGCCUUCCAUCGGCUCCUUCGUUACGUAUUAACCGAUGAUCCGCAUCAUCCCAUUACGGCACGUAUUGCCGUUGAAGAGCAACUCCUCGACAGAGGUAUCGAUACCAAGCUAGCGAUCAUCGUGUCUAGUCUGUAUCCUUCUAUGGCGGAGCUAGAGGGAGCGUUGAAAGAAAGCAAAUCGUUGGUUGCGGAGUUGAAGCUGUCGCCCAGCAACCAAACUAAGCUGUUCUCUCUAUGUUCCACGUGAUAUGAGCGUUUUCAUAAUAUUGAUC